UCAGGCUGAGCCUCGUACGCACUCCGAGCUGGGUUUUGGGGUUUCUGGGUGCGUGGCGGGCUAGGUGGGCCUGUUCUUAAUCUCGGCUGCGAGAGAGUGUCAUAGCAAUGGGGGGAUGGGGGGGACACAUCCUUUCUUUGUAAUUGCUCGGAGGACAGCUGCUAGAGAGACGCGGUAAUCCCCCUUCCUUUUGGGAGCCGGGAGAGGGCGGGUUGCAUCCGCCAUGUUGGUGAAGGCAGACGUAGGCGACUGGAGCUCCAGGACUGGCGGCUCUGCUGGCUCAAGUCCGCCAUAUUAAUAAAGAGAAAGGGAAGGUUGACACCCACUCCCCGCGCGCUCACACACGUACACCCCUUCUUCCCACCUAGCGCCCGUAACUCAGCAGGGGGGGGGCCCUUCCCGAGCCUCGCUUGCCCAGUCUGCCCGAAGGAAGCGUAGCAGCCCGCGCCUCAAAUCAGGCUUAAGACAGCGGCGAAUGAGGGGCAAAGGGAAAUGCCGACCAAUUGCGCCGCGGCGGGCUGUGCUACCACCUACAACAAGCACAUUAACGUCAGCUUCCACAGGUUUCCUUUGGAUCCUAAAAGAAGAAAAGAAUGGGUUCGCCUGGUUAGGCGCAAAAAUUUUGUGCCAGGAAAACAUACUUUUCUUUGUUCAAAGCACUUUGAAGCCUCCUGUUUCGACCUAACAGGACAAACUAGACGACUUAAAAUGGAUGCUGUUCCAACCAUUUUUGAUUUUUGUACCCAUAUAAAGUCCAUGAAACUCAAGUCAAGGAAUCUUUUGAAGAAAAACAAUUGUACUCCAACCACACCAUCUAAUUUAAAAUCAAACAUUAGUAGUCAGCAAGUCCUACUUGAACACAGUUAUGCCUUUAGGAAUCCUAUGGAAGCAAAAAAGAGGAUAAUUAAACUGGAAAAGGAAAUAGCAAGCUUAAGAAAAAAAAUGAAAACUUGCCUACAGAAAGAACGCAGAGCAACUCGAAGAUGGAUCAAAGCCACAUGCUUGGUGAAAAAUCUAGAAGCAAAUAACAUAUUACCUAAGGGCACAUCAGAACACAUUUUACCAACUGCCUUAAACAGUCUUCCUUUGGAAGAUUUCAAGAUUCUUGAACAAGAUCAACAAGGUAAAACAUUACCAAUUCUCUAAAUCUAAAGCAGGCUAAAAGUAACUUCAAUUAGGAUUUGAUGCUUGAACUUCAUUCUAGUCAAAGGUAAAGAUAUUUAAGGAAAUUAUUCCAAAAUUGGGUAUUUAAUAAAGUUUUACUUGAAGUUAACAACAUUACUGCAUAAUUUAUGAAGACUUGAUUACAAGAAAAAUGGAGAACUUUUUAUGAAACUUAUUUGAAUGGGAAUGGAAGUGCCUUAUGUGAGAAUUAUGUACUUAAAAUUUUUGCUAAGAAAUUGUAUAUUUGUAAAGUGUUUUGUGUUUUUGUCUUUUUAAACCUCUUAAAAUUUAAAGAACAGUCUAUGACAAGUAAUGUUUUUAAUUUAAAUUAUAAAAAAUUUUUUUCCUGUACCAAAGUUGGGAUACUAAAUUCUAAGUAAUUUGCCUAGUAGGAGUUAACCAACAUGAAAUAUAACUUUAAAACUCCUGGGUUUUGUAUUAACUAAGUUAUUAUUAUUGGCACUGUGAUUGGGAAAAAUUAUUUAAAAAACCCUGAAGUACAGGGCAAGUUCUUUUAUUUAAACUUUUUAUAACUUAUCAGUAAAACUGAGCUAAUCAUGGCCUCCCUCAUAACAAAAUUAGCUUUUGCAAUAGCUUGUAAAAUAUUCUGAAAAUAGUAUUUUCAAAUGUGAAUUACCCUUGAGUCAUCCAAGUAACCCAGACAACUAAAAACUGGUAGCUGGUUAUAUUCAUCUUCUAAGAAAAUAUGUUAUAAAAUAACACAGAGAUUGAGAUCUAGCUUUUACUUUAAUUAAACAAAAAGAUAAAUGUAUACCACAUUUUUCUCAUA